UUCAAUGCUCCCCUGCUUCCGCUCGGUGAAACCACGCAUGUGUUGAUCCGUGCUGCAGCAACGUGCAUCAGUUCCUCUCUGACCCCAGCGCUAAUCUGCAUUCAGACUGAGGCUCCACUGCUUUCCUCAGCUGCUCCGUUCACUGUAGCUUAUUACGGGGGGGGCUUCGCCGUCUGAAGCAGUUUUUUUUUAGGGCCCUGCAAGGCUGUCAAUUCGGUUACAGACACGCCAAAAGAGAACGAACGAUACAAAAAUCCAGCUUUCGACUCACGCAUCGAUUUUGUUUUGGCUGAUUUCGCUCCACCGCACGUCCGCCUCGGGUCUAGAUUUGCAGACCCGCUACUGCUAACGUGCGUAAUGUAUCGUAGAGAGGAAACACAGUAAAUAGACGGACACGUCCAUCUGCAAUAAAGAGGAAACGAAGAUGGUGAUGAUGGCUUCGCCAAAUUUAGCCUCCAAAAGCUCGACAGCAAUGGCAAAGCCUUCCCUCCCUCUGAAGCUGUUUCUCUGGGUCUUUAUUGUCGUUAAUCUGCCAACAAGCUCCUUCCAGACCGAUGACGAUGAUGAGGUGGCUAACAAGACGUGGGUGCUGACCCCAAAAGUAUACGAGAGUGAUGUCACGCACAUCCUUAACAGCUUACUAGAUGGAUACGACAACAAACUGAGACCUGACAUCGGAGUCAAACCCACGGUGAUCCACACGGAUAUGUUUGUCAACAGCAUCGGGCCAGUAAAUGCCAUCAAUAUGGAAUACACCAUCGACAUCUUUUUUGCCCAGACUUGGUACGACAGAAGAUUAAAAUUCAACCACACAAUGAAGGUUCUGCGUCUCAACAGCAACAUGGUCGGGAAGAUUUGGAUCCCAGACACUUUUUUCCGCAACUCGAAGAAGGCCGACGCCCACUGGAUCACCACGCCCAAUCGCAUGCUUCGAAUUUGGAACGAUGGUCGGAUACUGUACACCCUCAGGUUGACAAUCGACGCCGAGUGCCAGCUUAAACUGAACAACUUCCCAAUGGAUGAGCACUCGUGUCCCCUGGAGUUUUCAAGCUAUGGCUACCCCAGAGAGGAAAUUGUGUACAAGUGGAAGAGGAGCUCAGUCGAGGUCGGGGACAUUCGCUCCUGGAGGCUCUACCAGUUCUCCUUCGUUGGCCUGAGGAACACCACAGAGAUUGUCAGGACUGUCUCAGGAGACUAUGUGGUGCUAACUGUCUUCUUUGACCUGAGCAGAAGAAUGGGCUACUUCACCAUUCAGACCUACAUCCCAUGCACCCUGAUUGUUGUCCUCUCCUGGGUCUCAUUCUGGAUCAACAAGGAUGCCGUACCUGCCAGGACAUCAUUAGGCAUCACUACUGUGCUGACCAUGACCACGCUGAGUACCAUUGCCAGGAAAUCCCUUCCAAAAGUUUCCUAUGUGACCGCCAUGGACCUGUUUGUGUCCGUCUGCUUCAUCUUUGUUUUCGCUGCACUCAUAGAGUACGGCACACUGCACUACUUUGUCAGCAACAGGAAGCCGAGCGCCAAAAAGGACAAGAAGAAGAAAAACCCGCUCCUCCGGCUCUUUUCCUCAAAGCAGACACCCACGGUAGACAUUCGCCCACGCUCAGCCACGGCCAUCCAGAUGAACAACGCCACGCACAUGCAGGAGCGGGACGAGGAGUACGGCUAUGAGUGUCUGGACGGGAAGGACUGCACCAGCUUCUUCUGCUGUUUCGAGGACUGCCGCUCAGGGGCCUGGCGGCACGGGAGGUUGCACAUCCGCGUCGCCAAGAUAGACUCAUACGCACGCAUCUUCUUCCCCACUGCGUUUGGUCUCUUCAACCUGGUCUACUGGGUCUCCUAUCUCUAUCUCUAGGUCGGGAUGUGUAUCCAGCCUCAUCACACAGCUCAUUUCAUUCUACAUGCUCUGUGCCAGCAAGGAACAUUUCCAAGGAGGGGACCCACUGCAACAAGAGAUGAUUUUAUUUCAAGCAUUUCCUUUAACUCUUCGGUUUCAAUCUCUCAGUAUUUUUGAGUCAUGUCGAUGAAAACUUUGACAGACACUGCAAAUGUUGUAGCACUACAUUUAACUGGUAUGAGGAGGUCUGUAGAUGUGUUGUGGAAGCGUUGAUUGUGUGAUCAAUUAUUAAGAGUCUUAGUUCUCUUUUAUAAUUUGAUUUUUGACUUUUUUUUUUCAAAGGGGUUUUGUACAAAUAGCUUAUUAUUGGACAACAUGCAUUCCCUCCACUGUAAAAAAAAAAGUUGAUAAAAACAGCAAAGCAAAUCUCAGAAGACAUCUUAAAAAAUAUAAAUAUGUUGUAUGAUUUGUGUUUUCUCUCACUUUACAUUCUAAAAAACAUUCAAUUUGAAGCACUUUAGUAGAGCAAUGUUAUACCGACACAUUACAGUUCAUUUGGAUGAUCAUUUAUCUUUAAUUUGAAAUGUAUAUUUAGUCCAAGUAUUGGCACAAUUAAACAUUUUCUAUGUGUGGUCAGAGAGAGAGAGAGAGAAUGCUGUUUAUGGACAAUGCUCAGCUGUACAGACACUGUAUAAAUUUUACUAUUUCAUAGUGGUUUACAUUUAUUGCAUGCACCUUUCAGGCCAAAAAUCGACAUGUUUUAUGUUAUUCUUUGUUGGCUAUGGAAACUACAAAAAAAAGAGCACUGUUGAUUAUCAUUCGAGAUUGAAAUAUAACUUUUUCUAGAAAAACUGGAAAAUCUCCCUCCUCCUAAAAAAAAAAAGUGCCCAGUUCAUCUUUUUAAGUUGAGAAGUCGUCUUUGAGUAGAAGUGGGAGCGACACAUGAUAUCAUCCCAGACGGUUGGUUUAAUGAUUUUCCCUCGCAGCCGUUAGCUUACUGUAUAGACAACACUGACCUCUCACCCCCCUCCUCCACAUUGUGUUCAAAGUGAGCAUUUGCAUAAUGACACACUGCUGUUGUGUUUUUUUUUGUUAUGCAAGCUUUCACCAGAGAAACAGCACCAAAAAGAGAGUUUGAUUUUGCAGCUUAAAAGCAAACAACAAAAAACAAAAAGGAUUUGUUUGCCCUUUACAUUAGCAGAGUGAUAACGACCGUUGCGCUUUUGCCUUAGAGUACAGGAAUUUUAACUAAUCUACUCUUCAAUGCAAACGUCAAUACAGACAACUGUCAGGAACUUUGCAAUCUCCGCAAGAGACUGUGUCAUUCCACUUUAUUGAGCAACAAAACAAAAAUGCAAAAAUAGGAAUGAAUACAAAUUACAGCUGUAAGUUAGGAGCUUCAUUUGAACAACAUUAGCUUUUUUUUUUUGUAAAGAGAAACAAUGAGAAUGUAAUAAAUGUCACUUUGUGUGGAAAUUGAUUUUACUGGCUGGGCAACAAGUCAUUGAUUUUUUUUAUUAGUUUUCACUUUUUUUCCCCCCAUUAAAAAAAAAAAGAGCUCUGAAAGCGGUUAUGUAUGGUGCAUGGAGCGCAGUGAACGCAGCGGGAGAAUCUGAAUUGCAAAUGCCGUGUAUGAUAACAUGUAACACACAUGAUUAGCAGCCCCUUACAGAUGAACCCCAACAGACACCAGUAUGCAACAAACUAAAGGCCAUGCGUCAGUAGGAUUUGUAAAGUCCAACAGGGAGAGGUGUAAAUCACGUUCUUUAUGUACAUAAAUGAUUAAAGGAAGAAAACACUCGUCUAGCCCUUGGGAUUUUGUCAAAGGGUCUAUAUUUUGUUAUUUCAGCAUUGUUACAGUAUAUCAUCAUACAGUAUCAGACUUAUUGUAUGAUGCUGGACUGACCAUAGAGGAAGCUCUGGGAUGUAAUGGGGUAUUUAUUUAUUUAUUCAUUCAUAAUGCUAUUUACUUAUUUUUUUAUUUUUUGAAUAAAAGUUGUCAUUGUUUUUGUUCAUAGAGCCCCUGAAAAGAAACACAGAAUGCUGUCACUUAUAUCAAUGAGACAUUUUUGUAGGUUUGUCAAUGGAGCUUGAGCCUAUUUAUCUUGUGUUUUCUAUGUUGUGAUCGAUGUAUACACUAAUCUCACACAGGCCUGUCACACUAUUAUAUCUGUUGAAUUAGUGAGUUACAACAUUCUCUGUUGUGCAACUUCUGAAUGGUAGACUUGAACAUUUUCAGAAGGGGGUUGGGGGGAUACAUUUAAAAAAAAAAAAGCCACCAGAGGAAGAACAUUUUGCUCGUUUGAGUUUUUCACUGCCACAACUUUUCAUUGGUCCAGAUGCUUUCCAUCAUUAAACAGCAUCAGUGAUGGUUAUGAGCGUAAUACAUUUUACCAGCUUCUCUCAUAUUUUUCCGAACUUCAUUCCCUUUUGUUGUUUAACGGUGGUCCUUGUUGUGUUCUGAAGCUGCUACUUCCUUGUCCGAACCCUGUCUUCAGUGUGCACAUCCUCUAUCUCUCACAUCUUUAGGGACACGUGUGUGUGUGUGUGUCAAUAGCAACAUAGACUUGGUCAUAAUCAGUGUCCAGUAGCUUAACGAAGUGUCCAAGAGUGAUGACAUCCUAUAAAGUGCCAAACAGACACACAUGCAAUAGAGAAUAUCAAAGUGUAUUAUCAUUUGUGAAUGCACUUCUACUGCUAAGUGCAAGACGAGACGUGUGGAGAGGUGUUUUCUAGAGGAGCUGCUACACAGGGAAUGUUAGCUUAAAGUCUCCACGGUCAUUGAAAUGUUUUUGUUCUUUUUUAUUUUCAUGUUAUAGAACCAAAAGCUUCAGAACAGCAGUUCAAAUAUAGGCCAGACGAAUCAAAAAAAAAAGAUGAUAAUUUUGAUAUCAGGGUGAAGUAGAAGACAUCUCUGCUUCAGACUGUAUCUGACUUUGUUUACAAACCCAUAACACUGCGAACCAAGCUUAUUUUCUUCUUGUUUUUUUAUGACAUUGGUGCAAAAAAAAAAUGAGGUUUUGUUUUUCCAUAACGGUUAAAGCUUGUUUAUAGUAUGUUUACUCUAUGUUUAGUGCACUCUACUGUAAAUGCAAAGAUAUCAUGGUGAAUGGAAGUUAAUGAAACAUGUUUAUAUUCAGUAGUGUGCAUGAUGAUUAUGUUUUUUCUUUUUCUUUUCUUUUUUUUCUUUUGUCAAACUGGGAUGUUUUGAAGGUUUGGAUCCAAUUCAAGCAUUGUUUCAAUUCAUUUUUAGUCCUUUGACUUGCAUUGACACGGACUUUUUAUUCCACUGUACUUACUCCAGGCAAAAGUGAUGACUUUCUUUCUUUUUGGGGACCCACAAAUGAGACUUAUAUGUGAACAGCACAUGUAGAUAUUUUCUAUUGUUAUGUACUUUGUCAAACAACAGAAAACAAAACAAACGCACUGAAACUACAGGAGCUCAGUCAAAAAGGUAUGGCAGAACAAAAUAAAUUUCAUAAUGAUCCUCAUACAUACAGUAUGUUAGUUGUUUACCAUCUAUGUAUAUUUGAGUAUUGUAUAAAAACGGGCACUGAUCCAUUCUGCUUGGGUCUGCAUAAUAUAUUAUACAUGUACUGGAAAAAAUCCUUUUCAUAAGGGAAUUGCACAUAGCUGUGGAAUUUUACAAUAAAAUGGUUGCAUUUAUCAAAGUU